AUGGCAGAUGCACUAGCUGUGGUGGAUGAUGAGGCAAGGACAAUUGGCAAAAUAAGCGAACGAUCUCGCUACACCUUUGGGUGGUCAGUCCCUGCCAAAAGGUAUAGCCGACCCCUGGGAAAGUUUGCAUCUGUCGAUCAUCGAAUAUUGGGCAAUGAAUCAAAAAGCGGGUUAACACCUCGGGAGGAUUAUUCGGAAUCUAAUCGAAGUAACAAGAGGCGCAAUUGGAAAGAAACUUCUGAUGAACUGGAAAGAUAUCAAACAAAGACAUUCGACGGUUUCACAGCAUUCGAUCUUCACACCGUGAAGUGCUUGGUAGUUAUGGAUACAGAUAUUUUUCUUCAUAGUCUACGGAACACUAUUCAUCCUUGUUUCGAGAAAAGUAAGUUGGUGACAGAAGAUGACAUGCCGAAGCAUAAGGGAGCUAUACCAAUUCUCGGAGACGAAAAAGGUUUUUGGAUGGCAGAUAAUCUAGUUGUGCGGAGUCUAUUGAAGCCCUGCUUACAGUUGGUAACAAUGAUUUUCCACAGCGAAUGCAAAUACUCGUGGCUAAAUACACUUCUCAACGACAAUGCCGAAGGUGUGCCCAGAAGCAUUAAAGGAAUUAAAUUGCAACGAUCCUUCUCCAGGACUCAUGGUGAAAGAAUCAGCCGCUCUUCCCCCUCGAUCCAAAACAUAACAUCCAAGGUUAUAUUCGGAUUUCGCAGCGGGUGUGAGGAUAUUGCAACUGGUUUGCCUCGAUCUCGUACAAGCCGUAACGCAAUAACAAGAAACCAUAUAAUUUAUGAUAGGAUUGAGGUGCUUGUUUCUACGGAGACGGAAAACCGGUUGAGAAUUGCGACUACUUUGGUUUAUGAAUUUGCAAUCUGGGGAGAUCAACCCGUGUCUCUCAUGACCCAGAUGUAUAAUUGUGGUGGUCCUGGUCUCCCUAAUUUGGGUAUCAUCAAGACAAGCUGGUUCAUCGACAAGAAUAAAACUUGUCAGACUGAUAAAUUUCACACGUAUGGUUAUUGGCUAGUGCCAACGCAGUGGUAUUCAAGUUUUUUCACCGAAGGAUUCUGGGAAAAUGUCAGGGAAUUCGGGCCCGAAGCAAAGAGGAUAAAAAUAGAGAAACGAGGGGUGAGAUACCUCUCAAAAGAUCAUCCUGAUGCGAAAUAUCAGAUAGAUGAUGUGGCAUCAGCAUUGAGUACGGGUGGCCUUACGGACCACCUCAAACUAGGAGUCGCGAACAACGUAUUGACGAGAAUCAGUAAACAGCAUGGUUUUGAGACAGGAAGUCAUGAUCCAGUAGACUAUCUCAACAUAAAACCUCCGAUAGUGACUCACUCAUGUCCAAGGUGGAAUGACAUUACUGAAAAUUUAUUUAGCAAUCGUGGACCAUUGGACUUAGCAUUAGAUACUAUGGAACUUUUAUCGGAACCAACACUUUUUCGAUGGGAACCAUUCCCUGGCUUCGGGAUUGUGAAACGUAUUGCAACAGGUUGGCCACCUCCAAUAGGUAGGCCUGAUUCUGUAUCUUGCCGAUCACCAAUUGGCGAACCAGACGAAGAAGACAUGGAAACUCUGGACAAUCUGAUGUCGGAUGAAGCGGUCCAAGAAGCGCUUUAUGAAUACUGUGCAACUCACAACCAAAAAAAUGAAAUGGAUGGGAGUUUAUCGUGUUCAGUUGGCUUCACUAAUCGAUUUGGAAUCAUUAGACUUGGCUCAAAGAAUAUUGUUCGACUCAUAUACCCCGUUGAAGAGAUAAGAGCGGAGAAAGCAGAUGCAUUUACAACAGAAAGGAUGAGAGCGAUAAAAGAAAGAGCGGAGGAAAUGUGA